CCUGCCUGAGGGGAAAGGGGAUGGCAAAAGAACAUCUCGGGGGUGGGGAAAAGGGCAAGGCUGCGUUGUAGGUAAGUGUACCAGACCCAGUUCCAGGAGGGAUGCUUGCAGCAGCGUGCAGUAAUAUUGUCUUAAAAGUGGCUAUUUGUGUUACCCAGCUUUCGUCUCAACUGCACAUGUGCCUAGUGGUUGGCUGGAUGUCGUGUGUGAACUGCAUACGCCAACUUGCACAGAUCGGGCCGUCACAGCUUCACAAACGUAUCUCGUCCACAUGUGAAAGGAGCUCAGCGUCGAGAGCAGCAAGACUAGGCGACCGUGAGGGGUGACUCGGUCGCUUGAUGCAGACACCUAAGCGUGCCUGGCAGAAAUAACGUGUCUAACGUAGGUGAUUGGGCAUCUACAGCCAUCAAGGUGUGGUUAACCUGUAGACA